AUGAUCGGAAAGCUGUACGUGCAGGCGGUUCCGCCGGCGGAUCUGAACCGGAACACAGAGUGGUUCAUGUAUCCAGGAGUAUGGACCGCCUACAUAUUAAUACUCUUCUUCUGCUGGUUGCUCGUUCUCUCCGUCUUUAAUUGUACACCGGGCAUGGCAUGGACCGUUGUUAACCUCUGCCACUUCGUCGUAACUUAUCACUUUUUCCAUUGGAAAAAGGGAACUCCUUUUGCUGAUGAUCAGGGAAUCUAUAAUGCGUUGACAUGGUGGGAGCAGAUUGAUGAUGGAAAGCAGCUCACCCGCAAUAGAAAGUUCCUAACAGUUGUGCCUGUGGUGCUCUACUUGAUAGCCUCACAUACAACUGACUACCAACACCCAAUGCUCUUCUUCAACACACUUGCAGUUCUUGUUCUAGUUGUUGCCAAGUUCCCAAAUAUGCAUAAGGUCCGAAUCUUUGGAAUUAACGGGGAUCAGUGA